CCGAAUAUGACGGGAACGCACAAGGGAUUUGUGGCUUUACUGCAGAAGUCGCUGGACAGAAAGCUGCUGACUUUUCACUGCAUCUUGCACCAAGAGGCACUGUGCGCUCAAACAUUUCCUCCGGAAUGCACAGAAGUAAUGGAUGUUGUCAUUCAGAUUGUCAAUAAAAUAAUGGCAAAAAGUUUAAAUCACCGUCAAUUCCGUUUGUUACUGGACGAGCUGGAAAGCGCAUAUUCUGAUCUCCUGCUGCACAACAAAGUCCGGUGGCUGUCCAAAGGGGAGGUGCUGAAACGCUUUGUCGCGUGUCUGGAAGAAGUGAAAACUUUCCUGGGCAGCAAAGGACUCACCUUUCCUGAGCUGGAACAGCCAGAGUGGCUGGAAAAGCUACACUUCAUGGUAGACAUGACAGCGCACCUGAACACGCUGAACACAGCUCUUCAGGGGAAAGGACGUACAGCCCUACACAUGUUGGAGGAUGUUUUGGCAUUCGAGCGCAAGUUGACAGUGCUUGCCAGAGAUUUACAGAAAGGCACUUUGUCUCACUUCCCCAAUUUGAGAGAGUUCAAACAAGGUCACGACAUGAUAAUUUCGGAGUAUUUAUAUUCUGCAAUCAUCGCAAUGCAAACAUCGUUUGGGAAACGCUUCUGUGAGUUCAGAGAGGAAAAAAACACAUUAUCCUUCCCGGUCACUCCCUUAAGCAUCGAUCCUUCCCUACUGAAUACGACUGCAUUGGCAGGUGUGAGUCAACCUGAUCUUGAGAUGGAACUGGCCGACAUAGCCGACAAAGACAUAUGGGUGUCCAAGUUUAGACGCUUGACAGCAGACCUUGAAGAUGUUGCCCGUCAGAAGGCCGUUCUUGCUCAGAAUCACAAAUGGAGUGAUAUUGAAAACCUUCCAAAACCGGACAAACUUGUGUUCGAAACAUGGAAUGCUAUGCCCGACAUUUAUGUAAACAUGAAAAAGUAUGCGCUUGGAGUCCUGUCGAUCUUUGGAUCCACAUAUGUAUGUGAGCAGGUGUUCUCCAACAUGAACUUUAUUAAAAACAAACAUCGCGCACGCCUCACAGAUGACAGCUUGCGAUCCUGUGUAAAGAUGAAGGUGACGUCAUACAGCCCUGAUGUGCAGACGCUGUGCGCUGAGGUCCAGGACCAGAAAUCCCAUUAACCAAGCUGACAGCUGGCUGAUGUUAUUUUUGGUUUGCUGCUGGCGGAAAAUUUAAGUUCGGCGUUUUUCAUAAAUACAAGAAGGACUCAAAUAGACAUUGAGUAUUUUACUUAAAAGUAACUUUCAACCCAACGUCUUUUUUUCGGAGUUCAAAAUGUUUUUGUUGCAUGCAGAAAUGUAAUUUCGUUUUCUCUGCAGGAGUUCAUCAAUUUCAUAAAUGCAACACAUUAUAGUUUGUUUAUACAUAGCAUAAAGGCAAAAAAACGUUGUAUGCAGUGUUAUUUCAUUUUAAAUGUCAAACGGGUUUUGCGGCUCCCAGUGUUUUCUUUUCUGUGGGAAACGGGUCCAAGUGGCUCUUUCAGUGGUAAAGGUUGCUGACCCCUGGGUUAGGGCAUAUUCAUCUGUGAACGUAGCAAAUUCGGAGAUGGACUUAUUCGGCUUCUCAUUCAAAUACAUCUGGAUCUCCUCCAAAACACCACUUUUAAAUUCCUCAAUCAGAAUUAACUCCCUGAGAUGCCAAAAAUCCUCUUCCACUAUUUCUUCUGUACACCAAUAAUCCAAGAGCACACACUUCUCAUAGGCAAACUCAGUAUACGUCUGAUUCCACCCUUUCUUUAAAUUUCUGAACUUUUGUCUAUACACUUCAGGUACCAAUUCAUAGGUCCGGAGAAUGGCCUCCUUUACUUUGGCAUAAUUCUCCGCCUCUUCCUCCUCCAUGGACAACGCUGUAUAUGCUCGUUGUGCUUCCCUUUUAACACACUUAGUAACAACGCCACCCACUGCUCUUUGGGCCACUUCUGAUUCACUGCCACCUUUUCAAAAAGCAAGAAAUAACUAUCAACAUCCGUCUCCUCGAACGGAGGUACUAACCUAAACUCCCUACUAACAUUAAACCUCUCCUCUCGGUCUGACCCUUGAGUUCUUCGCUCUUGCCUUAACUUCUCCAUAUCCAAGUCAUCUUGCCUCUGUUUCUCUGCCUCCCUUUCCUUCUCAGCUCUUUCCCUCUCUUUUUCAGCUGCUUCCAACUGUUUUAACUGAACUUCAUGCUCUCUUUGUUUCUCAGCCCUGUCCUGCUCUUUUUCAGCUCUUUCCUGCUCCCUUCUCACCUCCAACUCCUUUAGCUGGAGCUCAUGCUCCCUUUUCACCUCUAACUCCUUUAGCUAGAGCGCAUGCUCAUUUUGUUUGUCGGCUCUUUCUUUUUCCUUCUCAGCUGCUUCCAGCUGCUUUAACUUAAUUUCAUGUUCCAACCUUAAUUUCUCCAAUUCUAACUGAGCCGUCCCACUAGCAGGUACCUUUUCAGGGAUAUUUUCCAAUACCUCAGCUGCAAACACAUUCUUCCCAAUAUAAUACUGAGUUAUUGCCCAUCGCACCUCCCGCUUUUUCAUUGACGACCUCACCUCUGCGAGGUUUAGCCCCUUUGCCAUUUUUAUCAAGUCUGAUUUGGUGGCCACCUCUAGCGCCUCCAGAGUCGGGUUUUCUAUAAAUUCACCCACGUCCAUCUUUGCUGGUUUCCCGUCUGGCUACCCACAUAACCAGAUCCAAGUUUGGACUUACAAGCCCGAUUCACUGGCUCCCCAAUUUGAUGUCAAAUCCCGAGACGAGAACCCCAAGUUGUUACAUACCCCGUAACUGGGUCACUUACCAGCAAAGAUAGAGAGGUCCGUUGAAGUCUGAUGGUACUAUUUUAACAGUAUUUAUUGAUAAAAAUACACAAAAAUAAUAUCAAUGCAAACAUACAGAUAAUAUACGUCAUCACUACUAAGUCUAAAAGCGCAGGCAUAAUAAUAAUCACUAAGAAAUAGCUCUGUCGUUGUUUAGGGAAUAAUGUAUUGUCCGAUGGAAAUAUAAAAGUCACUCAAGUUCAUGCAGGCUGCAGCCUUUAGUUGGAGUCAAGAGAGAGAGUUUAAAACUUGCCCAUUCCUUUUAUGAUGUCAAUCCUUCGAAAGUCAUUGGGGCUGCAUUCUCCUUUGUUUUAGCUAAAGCCGUUCUUCCGUGGUAAGGCCCAUCAAUUCCGAGGUAAAUGGAAAAGGACGCACAUGGGCUUUCCAUCGGCUGUCGCUAUUACGCUGUUACGGGAUUUCUAGCGUUUCUUCUGGUGCGUCGAAAAGGGGCUGUUCCCCAGACCCUCUUUUAUCCUGACUCACAGGGUCUCAGAUGUCAAUCAGAUUGGGAUGAUGCAAUCCCUCCACCAACCCCCCUUUGAUCAUUCCCUGAGGGCUUCCAUGAAGUACAGUACUCAAUACACAAUUCCGUCUCCAAGAGACAAUGGCCGUUUCCCGUGGCUUUGUAUUGCUGAGGGGCCAGGACAUUCCAAACCCCUUUGUGGAUUCUGCGUGUCUUACUCUCAUUUCCUGGGUCUCCUGACCUGAAUUAAUAGCGAUUUUGUGAUUCUCAAAAAGGAGGGGGCUACUUUGUACCCUUCGGCCCCUCGGAGUUGGGGCACAGGCGUAACACUUGCAAUACUGGAGAAUAAAGUACUCCAACAAUGGAGAAUGUUGGAGCACUCCAGGUCUGGCUUCUCUAGCAACUUGUACAAUGUAAUGUAGAGUUCAAACUCCUAUAGUUAAUGCCCUGACUGAUGAAGGUCAGUGUGCUAAAUGUCCUAUUCACCAUCCUCUCUAGCCAUCAUACCACUUUCAACAAACUAUCAUCCAUUACACUUCCUUGUACACUCACAAUCAUCAAUACUUCUUACAAAAAUAUUUAAAAUUAUGAGAGAUGUACAAACUUUGUAGAUAGUG